CAGGAUUUACUGUUGUAUUUCCUGCUUGGGUUUUCCUUUCGGAGCAAUGGCAGAAGUGAAAGCCUUCCUAAUUUGUGCAGUUCCUGUAGUGGUCUUUUUAAGUUCAUCGGUGCUUGCAGUUGUCGAAGAUCUAGAUGACACAUUUAAGGACACCAGAGUGGACGAUGUCUGGCUGGUGGAUUUCUAUGCACCAUGGUGUGGAUACUGUAAAAAGCUGGAGCCUGUUUGGUAUGAGAUUGGCGCGGAGCUGAAGAGCUCAGGGUCUCCAGUCCGAGUGGGGAAGAUGGAUGCCACUGCAUACUCAGGUAUCGCAUCUGAGUUUGGAGUACGAGGAUACCCCACAAUUAAACUGCUAAAGGCUGAUCUUGCCUAUAAUUACAAAGGGCCAAGGACAAAGGAUGACAUCAUUGAGUUUGCCAACAGGGUUGCAGGACCAGCAGUGAGAGCGCUGCCCAGUAAGCAGAUGUUUGAUCACAUGUUGAAGCGACACGCCGUGCUGUUUGUCUACGUGGGCGGAGAGUCACCUCUCAAGGAGAAGUAUAUCGACGUAGCCUCCGAGCUCAUUGUUUACUCGUACUUCUUCUCGGCCUCGGAAGAGGUCUUACCUGAGUCAGUGACUUUGCCAGAGUUACCCUCGGUCGUGGUCUUCAAGGACGGAGCCUACUUCACCUAUGAUGAGUAUGAGGAUGGCAGCUUGUCUUCCUGGGUCAACAAAGAGCGUUUCCAAGGAUACCUUCAGAUUGAUGGCUUCACCCUGUACGAGCUGGGAGAGACCGGCAAAUUGGUGGCGAUUGCAGUCAUCGAUGAGAAGGACCCGACCGAGGCGAGCAGCAGAUUAAAGAGUAUGAUUCAGCAAGUGGCAAAGGAGUACCGGGAGCAUUUUAACAGGGACUUCCAGUUUGGUCACAUGGAUGGAAACGACUACAUCAGCAGCCUCAUCAUGGGCGAUGUGUCGGUGCCUUCCUUCAUCAUACUCAACACGUCCAAUGAGCAGUACUUCCUGCCCCGCGAGCCUGUGGACUCUCUGGAGCAGCUGGUCAACUUCAUCAACAGUGUUGUGGAUGGAUCGGCUCAGGCCCAUGGAGGAGAUGGCUUCAUCCAGAGGAUAAAGCGCGUGGCCUUUGACGCCAGAUCCACCAUCAUGUCGGUGUUCCGCAGUUCCCCGGUGCUGGGCUGCUUCCUGUUUGGUCUGCCGCUGGGCGUCAUCAGCCUCAUGUGUUACGGCAUCUGCACCGCCGAGGGCGACGACGGCACGGACGACACGGAGCGCAUGAAGAGGGAGGGUCUCACCGACGAAGAGGAGGAGGAGGAGGAGGAAGAGGAGCGCAGGCAGGCCGCCGAGCUGGAGGGCCCCGAGGAAGGAGCAGACGAGGAGGAGGAGGAGGAGGAGGAGCAGGAUGCGGAGGAGAAGAAACCGGAGGAGAAGAAAAGCGAUUAACCCAUGGGAGGGGCCACGGCGGGGUUGAGAGAGAGAGAGGCCUAGGGAAAUGACACGGUGACAUAAGAAGUCAAAGACAUAUCAUGUUAUUGUUUUGUUGUUGAUGUUUUAUUUCCCCUUCCUUCCUGGCUCUGCAGUCUAUUGUCAUGUUUGUUUUUUUGUUUUGUUUUUAUCCCUACUGUACUGUCAAUAUGUGAGGUCAGCAGUUUACUUUACAGGGUGAAUUACAUCCAACACAAGCCUUCUAGAUAUAGAGAGAACAAUGAAGAGAGGGAGGGAAGAACCAAAACCAAAUAUUUAAUUAAAUUACGGGAAUCUUUAAAUCUUUAAUUUCUAUUCUUCAAUUCUAACAUCCUCCAUUGUACAGGGAGUAUAUUUGUGUGCCGUUGAAUAGCUGUGUUGAAACUAUUUCUUAUCAAGACCUCUCACAUUGGAUACUUAUCAGAACUCCCUUUGGUUUUUGCAUGAUGCAAUUGAAACAAAUACAAAUAUAUAAUAAUUAUUAUAAUAUUAAGAUGCCACGCUAUCCCCAUGCUGAAUGGUGGACUCUGAGGCCCCUGGACAGGGAGAUCCCAUAAAGGAAGCUCUGAGCUGUCUUGACUGAACACUUUUUAUUCUUCUGUUUUUGUUGUGUCCCACCCCCCCAACCCCCCCUGCAGGGACAGUGCCGAGUCAGUCUAGUUUUCUUCUGUUUCUGGGAUGUGUCCACCUUCCUUCAUAGGCCAGCCCUGGUUCACAUCACAUACUGUAUGGAAGCUUAGCCAGAGAGGUAGGGCUGUUUCACGUCACUUCCACGCUACUCAUAGACAAUAGUACUGUCAGUAGCUUUUCUAUUUCAGGUAACUUGUGGUUGAUGGUGGAGAUUAAAAACAUAGUAUUAGUAGUAGUAGCUAUAGUGUCUUUGCUCUAACACAUCCUAUCUCUCUGCUGAUCAUUAUAUAUGUAGAAAUUCUAAAUAGAAGUAGGCCUAUGCGUUGGCGCAAAUGAGGUUUGCUUAUUUUUCUGAAGCAAGUUGAGUGUGUGGCCAUAAACUUGUGGUGACGAACGCAUACCUUGGGAAGCUCAUCUGGGAUAUGAGCAGAACCUUGUGGAGAGGUGGAGUUGGAAUGUUCGAGAACUGAUGGCUUUUUUCCUUCCCCGUCUGUAGGUAAAGUGUAACUGAAUAUGACGCACUAGGGUAAAGCGAAGUGCUUCUCCAGAAAACGGUUGCCUCUUUAAAUCCCGUCAGAUUAGGGUCUUUCUCCAUGGAAGGAAGAGGCUGCUUUGAGAGCCCUGACAGGUCCUCUUUGUUGGAGUGGUCUGAGACUACUCCCAAAACAAAACAAGAUGGAGGACGUCUUAGCUGUCCUUCAGUCGAGUCUAUGCUCUCUUCCUCCUGGCUCUGUUUUUCCAGUCUUUGGGAGGGUCGGGUUGGUGGGAUCCAAAUGCACUGAGUCGGUAUGAUCUUUAUUUUUGUUUACUUUAUUUACUGUUAGAACUCUGUUGAUCAGGAAACAUGUUAUCAGUUGCUGUUAAAGGAGAGCGGGGUAUAGAGUUUUUGUUAUUUGGCCUACAUGACCUUGUGUGACUUCACAAAAACAUUCACGUGUUUGAUAUGUUAUACAGUUCGAGAGAAUAUGAUGACGAGCAUGAAAACAGAACCCCCACAAUGAAUGAAUGUUUUUGCUUUGUUAUGCCAUAGUCACAUAUAUGCUAUGGAAGUACAAUAUAUUCACCCAGAGCUUAUCAGUCAUAGACACAGAACAUAUUCUACCUAACGAUUGUUACAUUUUCUUCUUAACUUCCCACCCCCUUUUCUUCUCUUCAAUAGAUCAUUUCAUUGUGCUUCAAUAGGUAGGCUAGUCUUUCAAUUUUGUCACAGGGUUCGUCCCAUUGUCCUAAGCACAUCUCAUGGUUUUCCACAGACUAAAGAUCUGUCAUACUGUGAAUCUGCACUAUGAAAACCUGGGAACAUGCCCCCUCGCUUUGCCUUUUGGUCAUUGUAGUUGCCUACCAUUCUCUGCCAAACUUCUUCUUUAGGCUUGUUUGAAUUGUGAUUGUCACACUUUAUUACUGGUUUGAAAUAAAAAAAAUCCUCUUU